AUUGUGUCUCGAUAACUGUAAUGUUUACAUUUGUGUUGGGGUUUAGGUUAUCGUGUAGUCUGCUAGUGCGAUAUAAAUAAUAGGAUUGAUUUUCAUUACUCAUUAAGAAAAUCCGUGUCAGAAGUAGGGGAUAUUUGCUCUUUUUAAAGUUAUUACUUAUUUAAACCAAUAAGUUAACUUACUGUUGUAUUCUAAAUAAAUACAACUCAAGCAAGUCCUUGAUAAUCAAGGUGAAUGUUGACAAGAACACAACUCUGGCAAUUGGAUAAAUUUCCUGAGACUAGGAACUCUACCUGAUAAAUGGUUCAGGGAAUUCAGAGGCAUAAUGCCAGUUAGUGUGACCCGUUCCUACCACUCAGAGUCCAGAUAUGGCUCUUCUUACUCUCCCUCAGCAUACUCUUCAUCCUACCGCUCGCCCCUCUCAACAUCUACCUACCGGAGCACUUAUACUUCAUCAUACCGGUCAACUUCUGGACUUGAUGAUUCUUACACCAGCUCUCGAGAUAAAAGUGACACCAAUGAAUCCUAUUCCUCUUCACUUGGUAAAUCAAGAGACUAUACCAAAAGCCGAUCCCUCAGCAAUGCCGAGACAGCUCUCAAAGGCAGCAGUUUAACAUCUCGCCGACCUUCAGCUACAUCCUCCACUUACACAUCUCCAGUGCUGGAUAUAUCCAAGUAUUCCCCUUCAAACUAUGUGACUGGGUCAGCUCGCUCGUCAUCAAUCUCCUCGACUUCCUCUGCAGGGUCCACCACAAGCAGGCCUCCAAGAGGCUCCUUCAGCUCUCUACGCGACCCUUCCUACACCCCCUCCACAUCUCUGCGUUCCUCCAGAUACACUGAACAGGAGAGUGACCGUGAAUUGUCCUCACCGAGCAAAUCAUCCAAGACAUCUCAUGACCAAAAGGGUCUCACAGGGCUCAACAAUAUAGGCAACACUUGCUUCCUCAACUCUAUUGUGCAGUGCCUUAGCAACACAAGGGUGAUCAAGGAAUAUAUCCUCAGUGAUGAAUAUCUUAAUGAAAUAAGACCCUCAGUAAAGUCAGCUCUUAUGAAAAGAUUUGCUGAACUGAUAAAAAACCUUUGGCAAGGAGACCAAAAGUCACUUUCCACUCACAAUUUCAAGCUGGAAGUUGAUAUUGUUGCCCCUCGUUUCACGGGCUAUCUUCAACAAGAUGCUCAGGAGUUCUUGCGCUAUCUCCUAGAAGGAAUACACAAUGAGAUAAAUCGUAUUACAAGUCGACCUAAGCCACUGACAGAAGAAAUCGACGAUGAUUUGGAUGAUUCACAAAAAGCUUUGGAAGUGUGGAAGCGAUAUCUGAGAUUGGAGAACAGCAAGAUUGUAGAUACGUUUGGUGGUCUGCUCAAGUCUAUAUUGGAGUGUACUCACUGCAGCCAUAAAUCCACCACAUUUGAGCCGUUUUGGGAUUUGUCGCUGCCAAUUCCAGACACCCUUACUCACCCAGGCAAACUUAUGCUUUCUCAUUGCUUCGAUCUUUUUACUAAGGAGGAGGUGCUCGACGGAGAUGAAAUGCCGACUUGUUCCAAGUGCAAGACUCGGCGGAAAUGCAAGAAGAGAUUUGUAAUUCAGAAAUUCCCCGAAGUUCUUGUCAUUCAUCUUAAACGGUUUUCUCUGGGAAGCCGAGCUCGCAAAGUAGACAGUUCCAUCGAGUUCCCAGUGACAAAGCUGGAUAUGGGGCCGUACUCAGCGGAGAGCCAAUACAAGAACUUGCUCUAUGAUCUGUACGCAGUCGUCAACCACAAUGGGACUUGCUACACUGGGCACUAUACUGCGUACUGUAGACAUCCAUAUUCUCACGAGUGGUACAUAUUCAACGACAGAAGUGUGCUCCCAAUGUCAGGAGAAAACAUGCCCAAGAGGGAUGCUUACGUAUUAUUCUACGAACAAACCGCCUCUACCAACUUGUAAACAUCUGAGCUGAUCAAAGUUGCUAGUUUUAUGUUUUUUAUAUUAUCAUCUCUUUUGUCAUGAAACGUUGGUUUUGUAAUUCCUACAUUGAAUAUUGAUGAAUGUACCAUAUAUUCAUUGGAAAGUUGUUAAUCUAUGCAGUUCACUGGUGUUUUGUGUUUAGUAUAAUUUUUGAAACCUUAUAACAAAUAACAUUUCACUCCACAAUGUUAUUACUUUUAGAACACCCUGGCUUACUUUUAAAGUCUUUGUUUGUGUGGAAAUUAUAUAUAUCUUAUAUUAAAUUUCUAAUUAACGUUAGAUGAAGUAAUCCCAUCUCUGUAAAAGUUGUGAUAUUUGCUGUUCGUGUACUGUAAUGAAGAGAUAUACCCUCUGUAUGGUCAAGUGAUUUGCCUUACUAAUGGUAUUCGAUAUAGUAUUUUUUGUAAGCUCACUUUGAUAACACCAUUUAUAACACUGUUGUUGUUGGUUUUAAAUAAUACCAGUUUCCUUACAAAAUAUGUAGUCAUAAACUGCUAAAUAUAGACAUCACACUGUUUUAGCCUGAUGGCUAGUUAUAUAGUUUAAAAUAUAAUUCUUUUAUUAUAUACUCAUUAAGUUCACCAACUAUUAUAACUCUAUGUGUUGUGUUAUUUUGCUCAAUGACAAUUAGUUUAAACUCUUAAUUUAACAGCUUUUAAAAUCAAACUAGUUUACUACUAUAUAAAAGUAAGCCAGGAUUAAAUUAAUGUAACAGUUCAUCAUUCAACAUUCACCAACUUAAUGUUCUACAUAGUGGGUACCUACUUGUGCCAUUUAUGUACUGUACUUACUUAAGGAAUAACUCAUCACCUCAUCUAAAAUGCUUAGUAAUUGUGCUUUAUUCUCGCAGUAUAGAGCUGUUGUUAUUCUCAAGAAGUAGAUUUUACAUGUUUCCCAAAUAUCAAUAUAGGUAGGUAAAGAUAAGGGAGCCUAUUAUACCGGGUGUUUCUAAAUGAAUAGCUGGGUUUUAACGCUUUAUAACUUUUAUACUAUUAAACUUACCACCAUAAAAUAUGCAUCAAAUGAAAAAGCAGCUCAAAGAGUUUAUGCCUUCCAAAGACACAUUAUUUAACAAAAUUGAUCCAGCAGAACUGUAGAUUUAAUUGUACAAAGUUAAAAAGUAAUCUCUAACUUUUUUCAUCACUAGUAAUUCGGAGGUUGCUUGACGUUUUUGCAAAUAACUUUUAAAUGGUGAGGAAAUCGACCAAAGUGGAAGGUAAUAUUCCGAAAGAGAAUAAAAUUGCCUACAAUCUACUAGUAUGCAUUUUUUGGAAAUACUCAAGAAAGGUACCAAAAAUUGCCUCAACAAUGAAAAAAUUGAAAAUCCCCGUCUUCAAUGUAGACAAUAAACAUAGCAAACAUUAAAUUUCACACUUUUUUAUUUUAAGCCAAAUUUAGGCCACAUUUAUUGAGUAUUUUCAUGAAAUGCAUACUAGUAGAUUGUAGGAAAUUUUAUUCUCUUUCGGAAUAUUACCUUCCACUUUGGUCGAUUUCCUCACCAUUUAAAAGUUAUUUGCAAAAACGUCAAGCAACCUCCGAAUUUAUAGUGGUGAAAAAAGUUGGAGACUACUUUUUAGCCUUGUACAAUUAAAUCUACAGUUCUGCUAGAUCAAUUUUGUUAAAUGAUGUGUCUUUGGAAGGCAUAAACUCUUUGAGCUGCUUUUUCAUUUGAUGCAUAUUUUAUGGUGGUAAGUUUAAUAGUAUAAAAGUUAUAAAGCGUUAAAACCCAGCUAUUCAUUUAGAAACACCCGGUAUUUUAUCUAGUUAAUUGCAUUAAGGUGAUAUUUAUUACAAAAUUAAAACAAUUUUAGGUUACAUUGAAGAAGGGGUACGAAUACCAAUACCUUCUAUUUAUCUUUAUUACUACAUUGCAGAUCCAUGUGGUUCAGGGGAGUCGCUAGUGAGAAUGACCAACAUUAUUUUUAAUUUUAUAUGUUUUUUCUUGUUCUAUGUUGUGUAUAAGAAAAACAAGACAUAUGGUAUGAUGUAUAUUUUUAUCUCUUUGAAAAAAUAUUUGAAGUGGAGCGUGCGCACCUGUUUCUUUAGUUACUGAGUAACUAGUAUAAACUUCAACCGCUGUUUUCCGCAACUUUAAAAUUUUACAUUAUUUUUUACAUAUAAGUUCUUAUAACUUUUUAACUAUUAAAGCUAGCCAUAUGAUUGGAAUUUUUACCACACAUUGUUUAUAUGUACUAUAAAUCUACUCUUCUGCAUGGAUACUGAGAUAUAUUAAAUAACAUACAAAAACAUACAAAAAUACAUACAAAAAUUAAAAAGAUUAAUUACAUAGGCAUUUUUUUUAGUUAUUUAUGAAGCCAUAACACAUAACCUAAUUGAGAAAAAAACAUGAGUAUACACAAAUAGUUAGUACUUCUUAAAACAAUAAAAUUGGUUCAGUACUGGUAGUUAAAAGCUACAAGAGAUUUAAUAAACCCAAUUUUCCCCCUGAAAAAACCCCAAAAAGUAUGUAAAAAAUAUGUUUUUACUUUAACAGCAGUAAACCUUUUUCUAAGACUAAAUGAACCUAUAAAAUUAUAUAUGAUAAUUUUUAAAAGGAUUUUUUUUAAAUCACUAGUUUCAGUAGCGACUCUCCUUAAGGGGCUGAAAGCUAAUUUUCUAUGGAGCUGACUAUCCUGAGCAUAUCUCAAUGCUACAGUUGAUUUUUACCUAAUUCGGUUGUCUGUUAGGUAUUUGAAAUUGACCCCGCAGUAAAUCUAUAAUAUUGAAAAAAAUUCCAUUUCCUUAUUUCUAUUUUUUUCUAGAGAAGCAACAUUAUGUACAUCCAUUAACCUGCCAAGUUCUUCAGUUAUUAUCUAGAAGCUAGACUGGGUACUUUUAUGGUCCUGUAUGUCUUGUAUUUAACUUGUAUAUUUUUAUGGGAUGCACCAGUAAUCUUUUGUGGAAUAUUUUAAAAUAUUAAGUCACUAUUUUAUAUAAAACUAUACCGGCUGGAUUAGCGGCAUCCCAAGUUCUUUGAGUUUUUAACCUGUUAAGUUUGGUAAAAGUCUGCAUUGCCGCCUACACUCCUUGCGUUGUUAUUUGGUAAAGAUUCUUGAAGAAUUAUUUUCAAUUUUUUUUUUUUUAUUGGUAAGAAACUAAGAGACCUUGCCGAACAAGUAAAUCUGCGAUAUAUCUACAAUGUGGUAUAAAAGACAGUAAUUUAUUAUGAAAUUACCUUUACUCGUGUUAAAUCCAUACAAAUAAAAAUUAUAAUUCUCAAUAUUUGAGAUCCCGUAAGAGGGUUUUGUUAUUAGACCCGAAAUAUAACUUAUUAUUUUUGUAAAUAAAACAAUCAUUAGUCAUCACAGUGACAAAUCACAUCACUUUAAACCGUCCUCGAUAUAAUCAAUAAUCAUAGAUAUUUUAUUAUUAUAUUAAGCUUUAUCAGAGUAUAUAGAAAAGUAUUUUAAAAGAGCAAUUUAAAAGUAUUUUUAUUAGUAUUAAAUUUAUUUUUUUGUAAUUUGUGUUAAGUUACCAAGAUUUUGUAAAUUUAUGUAUUUUACUGUUGAGUUUGUUGUUAUAUUGUUUAUUUAAAUUUAAUUUAAUCUAUAGCCUUAGCCACUAACCCACUCAUCUUUAAUUCAACAUCAAACUUAAAUAUAUGCUUGAAUAAUCUAACCAUGUUAAAAAAAAACUAAAUAAUAGUUUGAAGGCUAAGCAUUGUUUUAUGAUCCAAGCAAUGAAUACAAACCCUUUAAUAAGCGCAAUGCCUUUGUAAAAAAUUCAAUCUGAAAAUUUUUAAUUUUUCAUAGUUCUUGCUGCGGCCGCUAGGUAUUGCGAGCGUGCGGCCAAGUCGAGUGAGACAAAGAAUUGGCUUAUAGGGAGAGAGUAGCGUGGCGGCCGCCCGAGCGAUUGUAGCGGCGGCCGCUCAAGGUUCAUUUUGGUGGCAAAAUUCCAGUUUAAAUAUUCUCCAUAAGCAUUUCGCUUCUUUAAGGGUUUGUAUUCAUUGAUUUAAGUGGAUGCAUUGUUAAUUUGUAAUUUCAUUACUAAUUAAACAAUUAGCAGUUUUUUAUCUUGUGAGUUUGAUUACAUAGAUGGGAUUUUAGUGGACAAAAGUGUAUUUAUGAUGAGAUCCUGAAAUUUUGAGAGUUGAUAGAGCAGCAUUUGUUUAGACAUCUUUAAGUAUAGUGUUCUUAGGUAGUGUGAAUUAUUACCUUUGUUUUUUUUUUAUUUAUCUUAUCUUAAUGGACUGAUUCCAAUAACUAGAGAGCCCAAUCAAAAUUCCAGUAUUUAAUAUUGUUUAUCUUACACCAUUUAUUAUUUUCUUAUAUUUACUAAACUUUAAUUUAAAACCAUUUCACAUUUUCUAAAAAUGUAAUUCACAUUUCUUGGUUUACUCAAUGUUAUUCCUUUGAAUGGUAUAAAUUUAAAAUGUUGUAUGUACAACAUAUAUAUAUAUAUUUAUUUAUUUAUACUAUUUAUAGUAUGUUAUACAUACAAUAUGUUUUGUCACAAAAACACAUUUGAAAACUUUGAAUUAUGUGGCUCUAAUAUAAAAAACCCGUUUUUUAAAAGGAACAAGUUAUUCUAUUUUUAACCUGAAAAUUAACUGAUUUAUUUCAUGUUUAUUAUAUUCUUUUUAGAUCUGGUCAUCUUGACAAUAUGUAGCACAGAAUAAUGUUUGACCUAUUAUAUAUGAUAAAACAUAUUAACUGAUGGAUUCAUUUUUAUAGAUAAAUUAUAGAUAUUUAUUGUACUAGCUUCCACAAUGAUAGAAAUGAAUGUGAUUCAUUGUGAAUAUUGUGAUCCCUCCGUCCCAAGUAUUGCUUAUUAACAAUGCAACAUCACCAAGCAUUUAUGUGAUGAGGACAUCACUCAGUAAAAAAAUGAGGUAAUCUGUGAAUCCCAAAAACUUCUAGAGCUUCAUUAACGACCAUCUCGAGUCAUUCUAACCGGGUUGCCAUUCUGGUUUGUUAUGUAUUUAUCCAAGCUCUGUUUCACGAUCAAACAUUUUUUUACUGCUUUGCUAAUGUUAGUUAUUGUUAGUAUGUACACCGUUACACAUUAAGUUUACCCGUCACUCUGUAUCCUCUCUUCACACCUUAAUAUUAUGUGUGCACCUAAUACACGCUAGAACUGGGCUCUGUUCCCUGAUUAUUCUAUGCACUGUUGUACAACAUGUAAUAAAACUCAGUUAUUUUGUGCCAA